GAUGAUGAUGAUGAUGAUGAUGAUGGAGUAGGCAACGCAAUGUCUCAACAGACAUAUUCAACCUAGAGGAGGGGGGUAUUGUAGAAGAUGUGGAGAGAGCAGUUAUUCAAAGCAAAACUACAAAAGAGGUAAAGGCUGCACAGAUGGAGGAAGAAGUGGACAAAAGUGCCAAUUUAACUAUGCCUGAGCUGCAGGUAAUGGUUGAACUGGCAACAACAACGCAAACACAAGUUUCAGAACUUCAAAAUGACGCUGAAGCUCAAGCUGAAGAGUUUACAGGAGCCAUCAGAGAAGUGGACAAGGAUCGAGCAGAACACAAGCUGGAAAAGCUGUACGAAGAUGAAAAGGAAAUUAAUGAACCACAAGUGCAGACCUUGAGUGAAAGGAAGACAGAAAUACAGGAAUUCAACAGGUAAAAAGUAACAUACUGUUGCAAGAAGAGGAGUAUGAAGAGGUGGAGGUGAAGGUGGAGAGUUGGGAAGAUGAGGGUGUAAAAAAAAUGAUUUUUGUGAAGAGGAAGAACCAGCUACAUUUACAUUUACAACCAAGAUGUCUCUAUUGGAGGACUGCAAAGUAGUUGGAGAGCCAAUGCACAAAGAUGCCUUAGCGACAAAUAAUGAUGAGGAGACGUCCACCACUUACAGUGCAGCAGAAGAAAGGUUCACCUGAGCAACCGUCAAAUUAUAUGAUUGGUGAAACCAUAUGGUCCAGAAUUAAGAUCAAUUAGUGAAAAGCAUUGUGCAAAAAUGUGAAACACUAGAGCGACUGCAGCAGGUGGUGGGGGACACAGAUCUGGAAAACCUUGAGAGAAUAGUAGCAGCUAUCCAAUCAGCCAGUCAAUGGACCCGAAAAGACAAGAGGAGCUGAUGAAAGGGAAUUGAAAGGAUUCAAAAUGAGUCACAAAGAGUUGUAGUGAUUUCUGAGAAGCCAAAGCAGGUCAAGAAGGAGGAGCUUCCUGUAGAGGAGGGAAGCUGAACAGAGAUAGAACAGCCGCUUGAUAAACCUGAGGUUGUAGAAGAGGGGGUGUGCAAGAAGCAAAAACAAGUCGCCAAUGAUGAGCGGGAGGUUGCUGUGGGAGAUGAUGAUGUAAAGGAACAUCCAAAACAAGUCAACCAAGAAGUGGCAACACCUAUAGAGGAGGGGGCAGGGAACUGGCUUGAAGAGCUCAAGGCUGUCAUUGAAGAUGAGCCCAGGAGGAAAGCCCAGGGGGGAUGUAAAGUGACCAUACCGGACUGGUCAAAGGCCAGUGAGAGUUCGGAUGACCAUUUCCAUGAGAGAACUGUAAGUGGGGACGGUGAAAAGGAAGUGAAUCUCAAGGCCAAAGUUCAAGAUGUCACCAUGGCCAAUGGAUUCCCUGGGCUACCAGCUGCUGUAGUUCAACAGGAAGAAGAAAAAACCCUGGUGAAGGAGACAAGGAUGGCAACUCCAGCUCAACAGAAGGGCAGUCAUCAUGGCCAGCAGAUCUCCCUUUAUGUGAAGGCCGGCAGUGAUGGAGAGAGUAUCGGGAACUGUCCGUUCUCGCAGAGACUCUUCAUGAUCCUCUGGCUGAAAGGAGUCAUCUUCAAUGUCACCACUGUGGACCUCAAGAGGAAACCGGCGGAUUUGCAGGAUCUUGCUCCAGGAACCAAUCCGCCAUUCAUGACCUUCAACGGAGAGGUGCUAGUGGACGUCAACAAGAUUGAGGAGUUUCUUGAGGAACGACUGGUCCCACCACGAUACCCAAAGUUGGCUGCAAAGCAUCCAGAAUCCAACACAGCAGGAAUAGAUGUGUUUGCCAAGUUUUCUGCCUACAUCAAGAACCCUCGUAAAGAAGCUAAUGAGGGUCUGGAGAAGGCUCUUCUGAAGUCUCUAAAGAGGUUGGAUGAGUAUUUGCAGACGCCGCUGCCCGAGGAAAUAGAUGCAAACAGCGUAGAAGAUCCUGGUGCAUCAACACGCAGUUUUUUGGAUGGACCAGAUCUCACGCUGGCUGACUGCAAUCUGCUGCCCAAACUGCACAUAAUAAAGAUUGUUGCCAGGAAGUACAGAGGUUUUGAGAUUCCUGCUGAUAUGACUGGGAUUUGGAGGUAUUUGAAUAACGCCUACCAGAGAGAGGAGUUCAUGAACACCUGUCCUGCUGAGCGCGAGAUCGAGUUUGCUUACCUGGACGUCGCCAAAAAAAUCAAAUAGUUCAGGAUGACGAGACAAGCUCUGCUAGCUCCAUCACAUGCUUGUGUGUGUGUCGUAUGUGUGUAUGUGUGUGCGCUCACUGGUGGAGAUGCAUUAAUACUGUGCAUUAGAUUGGCACCCAUUUUCUUUCAAUCAAUGGCAGGACCAGAAAAAAACAGUUACUAUUAUGUUACUAACAGCUUUUUAUAAGUAUCUAUCUAUCUGUCUUCAUGAAUGAUAUAAAUAGACUAGAUAUUGUAUAGUCAUGAUGUUCACCAAGGCCUUGACCAAAUCUCAUAAUCACUUUUAAUCUAUGGAUCUCUAUUUUUAUUUCUAUUUUUGGCAUUUUUGAAUUCCUUCUUCUGGUCAGGUCAGUAUAUUUACAUUUCCUAUUUACAAUAUAUAUAACUCAAGCUUAUUUUACAGUAAGUUUAAUGAAACCAUCCUUUUGUAUCAUCACCUGAGGCUAUUUUCCAGACGUUUAUAAUUAUAUUUCUAGUUCAUUGUUUUUAUCUUUUGUGCUUCUUCAUUUAUAUUUGAUAUUGUUUUUGUUUUUAUUUUAUCUAUGAACUAUGAACUUAUUAAAAUGUGCUAUUUAUGCAACUAUGUAACCUUGCAUGAAUGCCUUAUGAAGCCCUGACGAGACUUUAAUUAAACUAAUCAGAUUUCAUCAUUAAGUCUUUAUGUUUUUUUUUUUUAUUUCCUAUUCCAAUCAUGACCAAGGGUUGUGUAAAAAGAUUUUGAUAUGCGAGUCAGUGAUGAUGGUUCGACUAGUUCUCUUGUAUUUUUUUAGGGUCUCAUUAAAUGUCCCCCAAUCAGAUCAAUUUAGAAGGCAUAGUAGCAACAGCGUGUCUUUCUAGUCGACUCGUGAGGUACAUCAUCAUCAUAGUGACCUCUAACUUUGAGCUUUGAGUGCAAGCACUAGUACAGUGAGGCCAAUCACAGUAAAGCACGUCACUCUUUAAAUACUGUCUUAUUUUGCAAUGAUCACCGGGAGAGAUAUCUGUAUAAAAAUAAAGUUCUCUUUAUUAUCACUGAA